UGGAAAUAAUAACCCGUACCGUAUACCAGUAGGCGACUGGAAGCUAAGUUAUGCCACCUGUCUGCCAACGGGCAGACGGGUGGAAAUUGUGUAAAACCUCAUACUUCAGUACUUAUUCCAUGGGCAGAUGGGGGAAGGAAGAUGAAGAGACGCAGAGGCGAGUUAAACAAUCUUACAACAAACCUCUUUCUGGCCAAAUGCUAAUAAUGAUGUAUAUUCUUGUUUAACAGACAACAGAGCAUCAAUCUAGCAAUCAUUGUUUUAAUUUUAGUGUUGUAUUGUCCCAACAUCUUCAAUCUUUGAAACUGGACAAAAAGCAAUCGCCAGUGUCACCAUUGAUGAUUGAAACGUUUCAGAUAACAGAUAAAUCAUCCUCAAGUUUUUAAAUUUUCCAAUCUGGAGUUCGUUCGAAAUGAUGUCAGAACACUUGCAUAAUAGUAAGGAGGCUCAGAAUAAGAAGAAAAUAUUCCAAGAUGUCGCUAGAUUAACAGUCUUAUGCUGCAUGUGGUAUAUCCUGAGUGCAGGAGAGAACAUUAUAUCCAAAAUUAUAUUGACUGACUUUCCAUAUCCUCUGACUGCUUCAAUUAGUCAUGCUGCUUUUAUAUCUUUGUUUCUUGGGCCGAUUUUGAAGUUAUGGCAGGUGCCUCCCAAUCCAUCUAUAAGUAAAAGAUAUUAUUUUGCUGUGAUUGCACCUCUUGCUUUUGGAAAGGUUUUUGCGUCAUUUACAUCGCAAUUCAGUAUUUCAAAAGUACCAGUUUCAUAUGCACAUACAGUGAAAGCGUCAAUGCCAAUAUUUACUGUCAUUUUAAGCAGAAUGAUUCUCAAAGAGAAACAGCCAUGGAAGAUAUAUUUUUCAUUACUACCAAUUGUUGGUGGAAUAGCAAUUGCAACCGUGACAGAAAUAUCAUUCCAUUUGAUGGGCCUUAUCAGUGCACUUUUCUCAACAUUAAGUUUUUCUUUACAAAAUAUAUUUUCAAAAAAGACUAUGAAAGAUAAAAGAAUUCAUCAUUUGAGACUUCUAUUUAUGCUUUGUAAACUUGGUGUUGUAUUUUUAUUACCUGUUUGGUUAUUAACUGAUGUAUCAAAAUGGCCAACACAUGAUAUUAAGGUUAAAAGCAUGUGGACUCUUUCUCUACUUUUUCUAAUUGAUUGUUUUUGUAAUUUUGCGCAUAGUAUGGUUGCGUUUACAAUCAUAUCUUUGGUAUCUCCACUGUCUUAUUCAGUUGCAAAUGCCACCAAACGAAUAGUAGUUAUUUCAAUGUCUCUUCUAACAUUGAGGAAUCCAGUAACCUAUGUUAAUAUUAUGGGAAUGAGUAUUGCUAUUCUUGGAGUUCUGCUUUAUAAUAAGACAAAGCUUGAUCAAGCGCGGGAAAAGAAGAACGAAAUUUUGCCAACAAGAUCCAACACCUCACUUCACGAUCUUGUUAGUGAACGUUUUACCUCUGUGAACUUAAACGACGCUUCAUUACCAAUACUACACGUACCAGAUGAAAAUCGCGUAUUCAGCGAAGAGUCUCAAGUUUACAGAAUACGAGAUAACCAUAACCAUUUCAGGACGCACGCAGCGCACCACUCAACUCAAAACGGUUCUCCUCCGUCGUUUUCGACAUUCACUGGUGCAAAAAAGGGCAAUCACCCUGGAUACCAUGAUAUAUAGCAAUUUUUGUAAUACAAAAUUGCUAAUUUAGAAAAUGAGUGGCUAUUCUCUUUUAAUGAACUUUUCACAGAAGACAUAGACACACAUUUCAUGUGUAUUUUAUCUGUGGCGAUUAAUGUAAUUUUCAUAAUCCCUUGAAAUAAUUUUUGCAAUUCAAUUGCUGGGUAAAAUGUAUGUUCGGGCCUUAGAAAAUCCGGUAAACAACUCUGUCCCGAUUUGAGAUUUUAUUUUUUGUUGUUUCGGGCGUUUACAUAAUGUCACAGACAUGGAAUUCAUCCACUUUAACGGUUUAGAUUUUCCAAAACAAAGCUCAAAACAACACCCACAAAGAUGUUGAAAGCUAUUUGGUAUGGGUUCAUCUGUAAAUUUACCUGUACAGACACACCGGAAAAUGAUAUUUGAUAUAGCACAACUUGAUCGAUACAUUCAAAAAUCCCAUUUUUGUUCAAAUAUCACGUAAUAGCAUUUUUUCAUAUUGUAUAAUCAGCAGGGCUGUGUAUAUUUUAUGGCUUCAACCUAUUAUAGAAUACACCAUCGAGAACUCCAUUCUUCACCUUUCGCCGAAUGUUACAUAACCCAAAUUUUACCAUGUCAGAUUUUUUUGUUUCUUUUUUUUUUCCUUAUGCUGCGUAUGUGCCAUCGUAUUAAAAAUAUUUUUGGUUGCUUUAUUUGCUGUUAUAUUAUAUUUGCGGUGUUCAGCGAACUCUGUUUUUAAUUUUUAUUUAAUCGUUGGUUUGUCUAACUCCGCACAUUUAUUUUUAUAUAACAUCAAAUCGAAAAACCCCGCUAAGCAAAAUAGUUGUUUUUUUAGCCACGUUUCGAUUCGUUUUUAAUAUAUUGUCAAGUUGGAUUUAUCUCUUUUUCUUUCCGCUUUUUAUUCCAUUGCAAUAAUUAUUUGAAUCCGAGAAUUUAUGUAACAAUCGGGAUCAUUUGCAAUUAAUUAUUCAUGACAAUUGAAAACUAUGGAUGAAAACCCGCCAUAAGCUUUGUUCAGCUAUGAGAAAUAGACAUACUGUAGUUUUAGUUCCCAGCUCUUUGCUGUCAUACAAUUUUGCACUGAUUGCAUAUUUGCCGCACACUAGUCUCGAUCUUUUUUGGCUCACCUAUAUGUACAUUUAACUCAGUACAGUAGACCAUGUAGUAAGGAAACUUUGUCCUUACCUCUUAUACUAUCUCAUGAAAUCAUAGCCUCGCUUCGAACACUUUCAGUAAAAAUUUGUUUCUGAUUUUUUGAACCCGAAACACUUAUCGAAUAUUUGUAUCAUAAUUUACAAUUUGUAUCAUAGGAUGCACACGUUAUGCGUUUUUUUAGUGGAAUGUUUUUGGCACAAGCAGCUGAAAAUUGGACAAAAUUAAAUUGAAUUAAAUCACAUCUAUUCAAUACUUAUAAGUAUGGAAAUCAAGGACUUAGUGCUGUAUAUUUUCUAAUUGUCGAUUACAGUUUGAUUAUAAUUUUUGUAAUCGGUAUCGUAUUUUAAUAAUCGAUAAUAUAAGUGCAAUCGAUUAAUAACUUUAUAUGAUAUUACUAUAUAUUCCAUCUAAGUGCACUUAUUGUACAAUUUUGCUAUUUACAUACACAAAUAUUUCUAAAAUGUACUUUGUUGUUAGCUUUGUACGUGUUUUGAUUGUUGUCUGGAAUCUGGAUAGUUUGUUUCAUUCGUUUAAAAUUUUGAAGAAGUGUGUCUUAUAUUUAUAUGUUUAAUUAUAUUUUAUCCUUGUCCGACUAGUUUGUGAUGCUCAUUAGAGAAAUGUGUGUUGUUUCUGAUCCAAAUUUCUCAUUUUUAUGUCUGAAUUGGUGCAAUUUUUGUAUGCUUUAUAUGUCAAUUGAAAAAUGUUUGGCCUAUCUGCGGAAUUAUUAUAUUUAUUACCACACAUCACCGUGCGUCGAUAUUAAAGACACUCCAUAAUAUAUCAAAAUUGAAAUAAAUGAAAAUUGUCGAGUAUGAGUUAAUAACCUAUAUUUUGACGAAAUAUAGACGAGCUCGAAAAUGUUUCAAUUCUAUUAUCAAUGUGAUGAGAUUUUGAUAGUGUUAAAACUUUGAAAAGUUCAUCAAAUCUCAGAAAAUGAUAAAUGAUGUCAUAUUUUCUUACGUCAUGCUUCCCUUAAAAUAUUUGUAUAAAAAUCGACCAUCGUAGGGUAUACGAAUAUAAGGCCAUUUGCAUUUUCACCAAUUGGCCGAUAAUAUGAUAUUAGAACCCCGACUUUAUUUACUAAACGUUGUGAACUUCGAUAUUCUGCAUCUGGCUCGGAAUAUAAAAAUGCUACAUGUUAAAAAAAAUUUAAAAAUAAGAAUGCUGUGAUGAUGAUUAAGCCAAUAUAGUGCUUAUAAAUUUUUUUUGUUUGCAAUGACCUUGAACAUCCAUUCUGAUUUAUUUAUUUGGUGUGUUUAUUUAUUACCCAUUAUUUAAUAUUAAAUGUAGAUGAAGCAAUAACCGAGUAGUUGAAAUAAAAUUAAAACAUACCCAA